AACGCCUUCACCUCCGUCAGCAGCUGCUCCCCGAGCCGGGCCAGCAUCCUCACCGGCUUACCCCAGCACCAGAAUGGGAUGUAUGGGCUGCACCAGGACGUGCAUCACUUCAACUCCUUCGAUGGUGUGCGGAGCCUGCCCCGUCUGCUCAGCCAAGCAGGCGUCAGGACAGGGAUAAUUGGGAAGAAACACGUUGGGCCAGAGGCUGUGUACCCCUUCGACUUCGCCUACACAGAGGAGAACAGUUCAGUCCUGCAGGUUGGGAGAAACAUCACCCGGAUCAAAGCACUUGUCCGGCGGUUCCUGCAGAGCCAGGACGAGAGGCCUUUCUUCCUCUACGUCGCCUUCCACGACCCUCACCGCUGUGGCCACUCCCAGCCCCAGUAUGGGGCCUUUUGUGAGAAAUUUGGCAAUGGAGAGAGUGGGAUGGGCUGGAUCCCUGACUGGAAGCCACAGAUUUACUGCCCAGACCAAGUGCAGGUCCCCCCCUUUGUCCCUGACACACCAGCCACCCGGGCAGACCUGGCUGCCCAGUACACAACCAUCGGGCGCAUGGACCGAGGGAUUGGGCUGGUCCUGGAGGAGCUGCGGCGUUCUGGCUUCCACAACAGCACACUGGUGAUCUACACCUCUGACAAUGGCAUCCCCUUCCCCGGGGGCAGGACCAACCUCUACCGCUCGGGCACUGCUGAGCCGCUGGUCAUCUCCUCUCCUGAGCACCCCCAGCGCUGGGGGCAGGUCAGCCAGGCCUUCACCACCCUCCUGGAUCUGACACCCACCAUUUUGGACUGGUUCUCCAUCCCCUACCCUGCUUACAGCAUCUUUGGCAAGAAGCAGGUGCAGCUCACUGGAAAGUCUCUGCUGCCAGCAAUGGAGUUGGACAUCAGCCAGAGCCACCACGAGGUGACCAUGUACUACCCCAUGAGAGCUAUCCAGCACCGCCAGUUCCGCCUCAUCCACAACCUCAACUACAAGAUGCCCUUUCCCAUCGACCAGGACUUCUACAUCUCUCCAACUUUCCAAGACCUGCUGAAUCGCACCAGGGCUGGACAGCCAACCCACUGGAACAAGACACUGCACCAGUACUACUACCGUGACCGCUGGGAGCUCUUUGACUGCAGCCGUGACCCCACGGAGAGCCAGAACCUGGCUCCUGACCCCAGCUACGCUGGAGUCUUCCAGCUGCUCCACAUGCAGCUCCUCAAGUGGCAGUGGGACACGGGGGACCCCUGGGUGUGUGCCCCCGACGCUGUCCUGGAGGAGAAACUGAGCCCCCAGUGCAGGCCAUUGCACAACGAGCUCUGA